CACUUUUUAUUUCACUCAACGGGGUCAAAGGACACAGCUAGCUUUAGCCAGCUAACUCAGCUACUGAGAACACACCUAACCAGGUAAGGUAGCUCACGUCUCGUCUGGUGAGUGCUUGAGGUUUCACUUAGCAAAAUAAGCACUUUAGCCGCGGGAUGACCCGACGCUACAAAAUAACGACGAUAUCACCUGCGCCAACCGCCGGUAGUCAUGUUUAGCCGGCUGACUAUUUAGCUGAACAGGUCAACAUUAACGUCAACUGCUAGCUCGGUUGCUAGCAGCUGUCAUGUUCUACGUCAGCACAAACCUCAACUCUGUGUAGACGAGCGGAACGUUACACAUUUGCGCGAAGGGUCGUGCCCGAAGAAGAAUAAGAAGAAGAAAAGAGACCAGCUGGUUUGGAAACAUCCACUUUAUGAGGUAACAUCUCCUGAAGUUACGUCCCUGCCCGCUCCCACGAUGAGGAGACUGACCAAGAAAAAGGCUCUGACUCUGGUCAAGGAGUUGGACGCUUUCCCCAAAGUCCCCGAGAGCUACGUGGAGUCCACGGCCAGCGGUGGGACAGUGUCCCUGAUCGCGUUCACUCUCAUGGCUGUCCUCGCCUUCCUGGAGUUCUUUGUGUACAGAAACACGUGGAUGAACUAUGAGUACGAGGUGGACAAAGACUUCACCAGUAAACUGAGAAUAAAUGUUGACAUUACGGUGGCCAUGAGAUGCCAAUAUAUUGGAGCAGAUGUCCUGGAUCUGGCUGAGACCAUGGUUGCUUCUGAUGGCUUAAAAUAUGAACCAGUCAACUUUGAGCUCUCCCCAGAGCAAAGAUUAUGGCACAUAACACUUCUGCACAUCCAGGAGCGUCUGAGAGUGGAGCACGCUCUCCAGGAUUUACUCUUCAAGUCUGCGAUGAAAGGAGCUCCUCCCGCUCAGCCUCAAAGUGAGGACAGCCCCUCUAGCCUUCGUGCCUGCAGGAUACACGGACACCUGUAUGUCAACAAGGUGGCAGGAAAUUUCCAUGUUACUGUUGGCAAGUCCAUCCCACAUCCCAGAGGCCACGCCCAUCUAGCUGCACUUGUCAGCCAUGACACUUAUAAUUUCUCUCACCGGAUUGACCACCUGUCCUUUGGAGAAGUGAUUCCUGGGAUCAUCAACCCUCUGGACGGCACAGAGAAAGUCUCUGCUGAAUCUAACCACAUGUUUCAGUACUUCAUCACCAUUGUGCCCACCAAACUGAACACAUAUAAGGUCUCUGCAGACACAAACCAGUACUCCGUCACUGAGCAGGAACGAGUGAUAAACCAUGCUGCGGGCAGCCAUGGAGUCUCAGGAAUCUUUAUGAAAUACGAUAUCAGCUCACUGAUGGUCAAAGUCACCGAGCAGCACAUGCCUCUGUGGAAGUUUCUUGUGAGGCUCUGUGGCAUCAUUGGAGGCAUUUUCUCUACAACAGGCAUGCUCCAUGGGGUGGUAGGAUUCUUGAUUGAUGUUUUUUGCUGUCGUUUUCAAAUGGGAAUCUACAGACAUCUUAAGGAGGCUCCUCUAAAUGAAGACCAUACCAGCAACACCUUGAUUCCUACGGAGAAUGCUGCUCAAUAAUGAGACCUCCUUCAAAUCAGCCCACCACGUCUGCCUAACCCUCUAGACAGCAACGGGAUUCUGGGAACAUGUUUACAAGUUGUUUUAAUAUGCAAUACGUCCCUGUUUUGUUCAUACAUUUGUAAAUAAUUGUAUCAUUUUAUAAACAUUUUAUUGGUUAUAGGUGUUACCGUUCAUCCACGUCUGAAGGAUUAUAAUAAAUAUCUACACGCUUUCACUGGAAAUGUGCACAAGGCGGACUGAACACUAAUUGCUUUCAUCAUGUUUGUCGAUCUGACCUCCCUGAGUCACACCCACCUCUCAGGCCUGUGUGGUCGGCUUCACGCAAUUCCGCUUCUAUCAUUUGGUUGUUGGCUCUGCUCAAUUCUGAGCAAAAUAAACAGGCCUCAUCAGCUCAAAGGAACCAAAAACCUGUGCGUCUGCGAGAGGUUCCUGACGGGAAAUGUGUAACGACUCGACAGCUUUUACAUUUUUCAAAUGCGCUUGUUUGUAAAAAUGAGAAGCUGAUUUGUUCAAUAAAAUUCCUCUUCAAACUUGA